AUAGUGGGGGCGUGGCUGGUAUGCAAGAUCAACAGCACUCCAACAACAAUAAUUAUAGCAGCUCUAUGAUAUCUCUGAGGGAGUGUUCUACUGGAAAUCUACUGUCCAUGACUUGUAAUGGAUGCUCCAGUUGAACCAUCACCUGGUUAUGGUCAAUUAUCUGCAGUUGACGGACACCAUUACAUGUGGAGGGGGGCUGGUCCAGGAGGUCCAGAAGGGUCUAACAUCGUUUCUGUGUAUGAUCCAAGCACUGAGCUGUGGAGCCUCUUUCCCACCACUGGACCUCUACCCCCUGGAGAGCAUGGUAGUUGCUCUGUUUGUGUAGGUCGUUGCCUGUACACCUUUGGUGGUAGUAAGGGUUGGUCACGAUCCACUUCUUUCUUCAAUGACAUGAGCAAGCUUGAUCUGGACACUCUCCAGUGGACCAAAGUUCAAACCUCUGGUAGUCAGCCUAUUAAAAAAUCUUAUUGUGGAUUUAUUCGUGUGAAUGAGAGAACUCUGUGCUGCUUUGGAGGAGUCGGUAUUCAGGGCCCCACACAACCAGGAUCAACAUUCACCAAGGCUGGAUGGCCUGGUAGAUCAAGAAGUGGAUACACAAACGAGUUCCAUUUCUUUGACACACAAAAUGGUGUCUGGUCGUCCCCUGAGCUCAGAGGAGAGAGACCUCUUCCCUGUAGUAGUUUCACCUUCACAAUGGUGGACCAGCACAGGGCAGUCCUCUUUGGAGGGAUGCAAUCUCAAUCUUUCUGGGGUAGGCUCAAUGAUGUCUACCUGUUUGACUUUAGAGUCAUGGAGGUCACUAGGGUGAAGCCAGUACAGGGAGAGCCAUGGCCAGUAGGGAGGGCAGUCCAUGCUGCCUGUUGUCUCAACUAUGGCCAGGAUCACCCUCAACUACUGGUGUACGGAGGACUGGGUAAAGGUUUCAAGAUACUGGGGGACAUGUGGACACUUGUUGACACUGGCAAGUGGACAGAGGUGACACCUCCUGAGUCAAUGACACCACGUCUCUUCCACUCUAUCACUGCCACCAGUCUGGGACCAGGACUCACUGAGGUCCUCGUGUUCGGAGGCAGUGUGAAGUGGCCACUAUUUAAACCUGUUGCUGAUCUUGAGACCACCAUACUGAGAUUUGAGUUGACUGGACCCUCAGCGUCUGUUGUUGGACCCUCGGUUGGGAAAUGGGCUCUCGUGGAUGUGGCUCACAACGACACUAAAGGCUCCGCCCAGCGACUGAAUGAGAAGAGGAUCAGACAAGCAACUGCUCAUGCCUCAUCAGUCAGUGAUACCAGCGACCACUCCUCUCAAGACCGGGUGAGGGCUCUGGAACAACAGUUACUAGCAGCAGAGCAGAGAGAGCACGACACUCAACGUCAGCACCAACUACAGUUGCAAGAGAAAGACCUUGAAUUGGCUACACAAGCUAAAGAAUUGGCAAUUAAAGAUUGUGAAUUAGCUGAGGGCAAUAGAAGAGAAGCUGACCUGUCUGCUCAAAUCACAGCUCUAGAGAGGGAGUUAGAUGGCAAGACGAAAGAGUUGGCAGCACACAACACAGAGGUGUGGAAGAUUCCAGCCAACAGAGUGAUCAUUGGCAGAAGGAUUGGCAAAGGAGGGUGGGGGGAGGUGCUGGAGGGAACAGUGAGUGUGGCCGUCAAACGACUACACGAAGAAAUUGCUGUCCCAAUUUAUGUCGAAAAACUUGAGAGAGAAAUGAGGCUAUUGGCUGAAGUGCGACAUCCAAACCUUGUGCAAUUCAUUGGUGCCAAUUUUGAUGAGCAAAACCAAGCCAAUCGAUCCCCUCCUACUCUCGUCACCGAGCUUCUGGACAUGAAUCUCCGACAAGCGUACGAGAGGAAUCAACUGGACCCAGGAAACCGCCUUUCGAUCUUCAUGGACAUUGCCCGAGCUCUGGACUACCUGCAUCAGCGCUAUGAGCCCAUCAUCCAUCGUGAUGUGAGUGCUCCCAACGUUCUCCUCCAGCGAAUGCCCAACCACCAGUGGAAGGGGAAGGUCUCUGACCUCGGCUCAGCUAACUUCCUGCAGCAUGCUCAUACGAUGGGAGAGGGGGCCAUAAUCUACUCCCCUCCUGAAGUCAUCCCUCAAGCCGCAGAUCCGUUUAAUCCACCUCCAAGACAGUCUGUUAAGAUCGAUGUGUACAGCUACGGCAUUGUCCUCUGUGAGGUGACCGCUAGUCGAUUCCCAAGUGCUGAACAUUAUCGAGACAUGAUUCUCCAAGUACAGAGAGAACAACCUGUUAUGUGUGAGCUGAUUGUCCGCUGCACUAAGAGAGAGCCCAGCCAUCGACCCAGCAUGGCACAGGUGAUGGUGGAACUGAACAAAAUAGCACCCUUUUAACUAUGAACAAUACGAACACCUAUAGUACCUUUUUCUUAUUAGAAUAUUGAUUUUUUAUUUUAGGUUUGUCAUUUGUAGUGUGUACUUAUGUAUGUUUGCACUCUUUAUCUCAAUAUUACAGUUUACAAUCAUUAUAAUUAUGAUGAGUGAUAUAA